UUUUUUAAAUUAAUUUUUAUUUAUUUAUGCACUCAGUCAGUUAUAUAAUAGAAGAAGAUAGCUGAAUCAAUAUAAUCACACACACACACACACACAAAAACCAAACAAGUGUUUCAUUCAAUGGAUGUUGUUAACAACUCAGAUACGAUGGAUAACAACUUAGAUACGGUUGAUGAAACAACCUCCGUUCAAGUUAAAUCCUUCUUUGAGACGGCACCAAUUUUGAAAGAUGCUAACAGCAUAACUGGAAAAGUAACCCGAUUUAUUGAUCAGAACUCUUCUAUAUCAGGAAACGAGGGACCUAGAAGGGUUGUAUGUGUGACAUCUGGUGGCACCACUGUCCCUUUAGAGCAACGAUGUGUGCGUUACAUUGAUAACUUCAGUUCUGGACAUAGAGGAGCCACAUCUACCGAAUACUUUCUGAAAGCUGGGUAUUCAGUCAUCUUUCUCUAUAGGAGGGGAACCUGCCAGCCAUAUUGUAGAUCACUUCCUGAUGAUCCGCUGCUUGAAUGUUUUAAGCUUACUGGUGAUUCAAGGAUAGAAGUGCGUGAGUCGCACUCUGAAGCAGUCAAGAGCACACUUAGCGGGCAUCAUGCAGCUGUAUCAGGGGGCUUUUUGCUGAAAUUGCCCUUUACAACCAUCUUUGAAUAUCUUCAGAUUUUACGCUUGAUUGCAACAUCAAUGAAGAAUCUUGGACCAAAUGCUAUGUUUUAUCUUGCGGCUGCUGUCUCUGAUUUCUAUGUUCCAUGGGAGAGCAUGGCAGUACAUAAAAUCCAGUCUGCAUCUGGUCCUUUAGAUAUGCGGCUCGCGCAAGUCCCAAAGAUGCUUUCGGUUUUGCGGAAAGAGUGGGCCCCCACUGCAUUCUGUGUAUCAUUUAAGUUGGAGACGGAUACAGAUAUUCUUUUAGAGAAGGCUGGUACCGCUCUUAAAAGGUACAAAAUGCAUGCUGUUGUAGCGAAUGAGCUUUCAACACGUAAAGAGGUAGUCAUACUUGUAACUAAUAGUGGAAAAGUGUCGGUACAUCGUGAAAAUGACCGCUCGGAUGUCGAAUCACCCCUCAUCAAGCAACUUGUCGAGAAACAUUCAAGUUACAUCAAGGAGAUCAAUGCGUGAAUACUACUAAACAACACUUUGAAGAAAUUCUGAAUAAAUAAAGUUGCUUUUGGGGUCCACACAAGUAACCGCUCUUUCCUUCACGCUAAUCCUCAAUUUUACUUUUUAACUUGUGUUGUUGUCUUUACUGAUGUACUUAUAGAAAGAUACAAACUGUCAAAAGAGAAAACCAUGAGAGUUUCUUUUCAUAUUUUAUGUUAUAUCUUUAUACUGCAAUAGAAGGAAGAACGUUUAUAAGUGUAAAAUGAGGAAAGUGCUGUUUUCAUUUUGAUUAUUAUA